CAGCAGGCGUGUCCAUAGUCUCUGCGUGUAGCUGCGUACCGAAGUCAGUAGCGCCGAUGAACCACUAUCAUUACUGACGACUUCACAAAGGCUCCCUGUUAUAACGUUGUUACUGCGGUGACUUUUCCUUUCAUUUUGGCUGAGGAGAACGUGUAAAGAGGCAGCUGGUUUUCACAAUGGCGACAGCUGCGGUAUCUGCCAGUGGCCCCAACCCCGGAUCCGGCGCUGAGUUGGUCCGAGGACAGGCCUUCGAUGUCGGGCCUCGCUACCACAAUCUGUCGUAUAUCGGAGAGGGCGCCUACGGAACGGUGUGCUCUGCAUAUUGCCGUGACAACAAGGUCCGCGUGGCGAUCAAGAAGAUCAGUCCGUUUGAGCACCAGACAUACUGCCAGAGGACUCUGAGAGAGAUUAAGAUCCUGCUGCGUUUCAAACAUGAGAACAUCAUCAGCAUCAACGACAUCAUCCUCACGCCCUCCAUCGACCAGAUGAAGGACGUCUACAUCGUGCAGGACCUGAUGGAGACAGACCUGUACAAGCUCCUGAAGACCCAGCGCCUGAGCAACGAUCACAUCUGUUACUUCCUGUAUCAGAUCCUGAGAGGCCUGAAGUACAUCCACUCUGCCAACGUCCUGCACCGCGACCUCAAACCCUCCAACCUGCUGCUCAAUACCACCUGUGACCUAAAGAUUUGCGACUUCGGUCUGGCACGUGUGGCUGACCCAGACCACGACCACACAGGCUUCCUGACGGAGUAUGUAGCUACUCGCUGGUACCGGGCGCCUGAGAUCAUGCUCAACUCCAAGGGUUACACCAAGUCUAUUGAUAUCUGGUCUGUGGGCUGCAUCCUGGCUGAAAUGCUCUCCAAUAGACCCAUCUUCCCUGGGAAGCACUACCUGGACCAGCUCAACCACAUACUGGGUGUCCUCGGGUCUCCUUCCCAGGAGGAUCUGAACUGCAUCAUCAACAUCAAGGCCAGGAACUACCUGCUGUCUCUCCCGCUGCGCUGCAAGGUCCCCUGGAACAGCCUCUUCCCCAAAGCCGACUCCAAAGCUCUGGACCUGCUGGAUAAGAUGUUGACCUUUAACCCCCACAAGAGGAUCGAGGUGGAGGCGGCUCUGGCUCACCCUUACCUGGAGCAGUACUACGACCCUACUGAUGAGCCUGUAACCGAGGCUCCCUUCAAGUUUGACAUGGAGCUGGAUGAUCUUCCCAAAGAGACCCUGAAGGAGAUGAUCUUUGAAGAGACGGCUCGCUACAACACAGUCUGCAGGCCCUAACCCUUACACACAGGUACAACACAGAUCCAACUGGACUCCUCUCCUCCAUCUCUCCGCCUCUCCGUCAUGUGCUGUGGUUCUUCCUGUCUUCAGCAUUUCCUGUAUACUUCCUACCUCCCCUAGUCAGUCAACCCACCAUGCUCAGGAACAGUGUCAAGAAUCAACCUCUCUCUGCUUUCUGCUUUCUCACUUUCUCUCUUUCUCUCUCUGCUUUCUGCUCUUUCUCUCUCUGCUUUCUGCUCUCUCUCUCUCUCUCUCUCUCUCUCUCCUUUCUGCUUUCUCACUUUCUCUCUGCUUUCUGCUCUUUCUCUCUCUGCUUUCUGCUCUCUCUCUCUGUCUCUCCCUCCCCUCUGCCUACGGGGUAAGGGGGCGUCACAUCGUUGAGGACAUGAUUGUCUUGUGUGUUUCAAGCCAAGAUCAACAGAGGUCUGUGUCCCAAAUGGUGCCCUAUUCCCUAAUAUAGUGUACUACUAUUAUGAAGUAGUGCACUAUAAAGGGAACAGGGUGCCAUAGGGAUCUGGUCUAAAGUAGUGCACUAUAUAGGGAACAGGGUGCCAUAGGGAUCUGGUCUAAAGUAGUGCACUAUAUAGGGAACAGGGUGCCAUAGGGCUCUGGUCUAAAGUAGUGCACUAUAUAGGGAACAGGGUGCCAUAGGGAUCUGGUCUAAAGUAGUGCACUAUAUAGGGAAUACAGUAUCUGGACAGGUUGACGUAAUACUACAGUAUCUGGACAGGUUGAUGUAAUACUACAGUAUCUGGACAGGUCUCGCUCUCUGCUGCUCCCAACGGCCUGGUC